AUGAACGUCGCGAGCGUAGGGCGGCCUCUAGGCGCCCUCAAGUCUGCGCUGCGCCAAGCGAGGUUUCAAAAGGAGGCCCGGCGAUCAUUAUCGACCACGUCAGGGACAACGCCAUCGGUACCUACUCGGACUGCUUUCAGCGCGAGACAACGACAGGAUUUGUCAAAGGUCAAGCGCUUCAAAGUGUGGCCACAGAUCCCCACGAUCCGCAAUGACUACCCAAACCCGAUGCCCGCCAUCCACCAACACCAGAUCAGCCAGCUCGACCCGACCGGCGCCCGAACACGCAUGUUCUCCAAGAAGCACCUCGACAGCGCCAAGCCAGGCGACGUGCUCAUGGUGACGACCAAGUCAGGCGAGCCCUUCUCCGGCGUGUUCAUGCAGAUCCGACGGCAGGGCGUGGACACGGCGAUCCAGCUGCGUGGGCAGUUGAUGAAGGUCAGCGUGGAGAUGUGGUUCAAGAUCUACGCACCGACGACGACAGCCAUUGACAUCAUUUGGCGUAGGCCCAAGCGGGCCAGGAGGGCCAGGUUGACGUACCUACGCAAGGCGAAGCAUGACAUGGGCAACGUCGACAACCUGGUGUUCGCGUGGAGGAAGGAGAGAUAUGCGCUGCGCUCAAAGGCGAAUCCCAAGGGGCCACAGGGGAAGAAAUAA